AUGGGCCAUCCUGGAGGCGCUGGCAUCGUUUCUGCCAACACAACAUCGGUUCAGGAAGACGGGUCCGGGCUCAAGCUUGUUGCAGGCCCCGAUGCCGACUACCAGCCGACCCACUCCCACGACGAGGAGGAGCCUGUGAUUCAGUUCCCCAAGCGCGAAUCGGCGGCUCCGGUAGAGCUCUUCUACGAUCUCUGGUUCGUCGCCAACCUCAACGUCUUCACGACACUGCACCCCAUCACCGACGUUACCAACCUGGGUUCCUUUAUCCAGUAUUUUCUGCUGCUCUGGAUCACCUGGCUCACCACUACCGUCCACGAUGUCCGCUUUGGCCAAGAUGGUGUCUUUGAGCGUGUCGCCCGCGCUGCUCACCUCACGGUCAUGAUUGGUUUCUCGGCCGGUGGCGUCUCGUUCAGCCAGACAAAGCAACUCCAGCCCAUCUUCAAAGUCAUGUCCCUCUGCCUCAUGUGCUCCCGCUUCGUCCUCGCCAUCCAAUACGGCGUCGUCCUGUUCUACGCCCGCCGCAACCGCCGAAGCCGAAACAACCUCGCCCUCGCCGUGCUGCUACACCUUGUGCCCGCCUUUAUCUACAUGGGAGCCACUAUUGCCAUGGCGAGGGGCAGCAACGCCGAGAUCGACUACCUGUGGUGGGCCGUUGCCCUGGCCGAGCUGGCUGCCCUCAUGGCGCACGCCACUCUGUCCAAGACGCUCAGCUUCAGCGGCACGCACCUGACGGAGCGUCUCAACCUCCUCACUCUGAUUGUCAUCGGAGAAGGCAUCAUCAUCCUCGCCAAGACCAUUACCAAGAUUGUGAAGUACACCUACCUCAAGGACCCCACCACGAGCUGGUCCUCUGCCCUCUUUGGCCUCAUCGCCUGUGGCGCUGUCAUCCUCUACUUUACCUUCCAGCUCUACUUUGACUGGAUGGAUCACCACAGCCACAUGUCUCCGAUUAAAACGGCCCUUUGGACGACCCUCCACCUCCCCUUCCACAUUGCCAUUGUCCUCACUGUCGAAGGCAGUGGCCAGUGGAUCACGGCGCGACGCACCUUUGAGGCCAUCAACGAAGCCAUCGCCUCCUUCUUGGCUGGCUUUUCCAAAGGCCUGAACAGCGGCCUCGGCGGACAGGGCGUAUACAAUGAGCUGGUCGUCGCGUUGGGAAAGACCUACGAGACGUACACGUUCAGCGUCAAGACUGUGAGCACCAUGGACAAGGCACUUGAAGAGCUUCUGGUGAUUCCCGACUCGUACUGGAAGUCGUUCGACGCCGACCGGGCCCUUGAGAACCCCGUCGGUAAUGACACGUACGUCGUUGAGAUCAUUGGGACCCUGGAGACCUCGCUGGCGAACGGCAUUUUCGACACCUAUGGGCUUACCACUUCGUCAAAGUCCAAGGCUCUGGCUGAUAGCCAAGCUUAUUUAAGUGAUACCGAGGCAGUUGCCUUCUUCGCCGUGUUCGAGCGCCUUCGUAUGAUUUUCAUUUACGUCUUUGUGGCUGGUGGCGCUGCCCUGUUGCUCCUGGCUACCAUGCACCUCAUGCAGAAGCCCAAGGGCUGGUCCGUCUUCCACCUUAUCCGCCUUGGCUUUCUCACCAUCGCCGGCGUCACCCUCUGCCUCGUUGCGCUUAUCGGCACCAACGAUACUAUGACGGGAGACAUGAUUGGCAAGCCUUGGUCGCUUCCCAUUAUCGCCCUUGUCUAUCUCGUCGCCCUUGUUGGAAGCCACCUGCCAACCCCUCGCGGCUUGAAGACGUCUCACAGCAACCAGAUGGAGAUGGGCGAGCACAACAAGCCGGGCGACACUGCUCGAAGCUCGCCGUACCACGAUUAA